GUAAAGUGAAGCGCACAAGCAAAGUAUUACUUUAGCGAAUAGAUAAAGAGGAAAUAAAUAUAGUUUAGCACAUAGGAAUAGGAAUAGGAGGAAGAGAGGAGAGAGAGAGGGGGAGAGAAUCUUGGUUGGUUUGCAAAAUCAAACAACGAAAAUGGCGUGUUCUUCUCUCUCCGUCUCUGUGCAAUUCAAAGCGAUUCUCCUCUUCGUGUGUAGUAUACAUUUAGUGGUUUCAGUUUCAGCUUCUGCGAUCGAGCAGACGCAGACGCAGACGCAGAGAGAGUUCGAUUAUUUUGCUUUGGCGCUGCAAUGGCCAGGCACCUACUGUCAGCGUACACGCUAUUGCUGUUCCUCCAACGCCUGUUGCCGCCGCCCCAACGCUCCCACUGAAUUCACAAUCCAUGGACUUUGGCCUGACUACAAUGAUGGAUCCUGGCCUGCCUGUUGCACCAGAUCCAAUUUCGACGAAAAACUGAUUUCGACAUUGCAUGAUGAUCUGGAGAAGUAUUGGCCUUCUUUAAGUUGUGGUUCACCAUCAACCUGCCAUGGUGGAAAAGGAUCAUUCUGGGCACAUGAGUGGGAGAAGCAUGGGACGUGUUCCUUUCCAGUAAUCCGAGAUGAAUACAACUACUUUUUAACAGGCCUCAGUGUCUAUUUCAAACAUAAUGUCACACAAAUUCUGGAAAAUGCUGGAUACGUUCCGUCUAAUACUGAAAAGUAUCCUCUUGGUGGCAUUGUUUCUGCCAUUGAGAAUGCUUUCCGUGCGACUCCAUUGCUGGUGUGCUCAAAAGGCUCUGUGGAGGAACUUCAUUUAUGCUUCUAUAAGGACUUCAAGCCUCGGGACUGUGUGGUUGGAUCGAGAAGUCUAAAUGACAUGGUCUCUUCAAAAAGAUCUUGUCCCCUUUAUGUCAGCUUGCCAGCAUAUGUUUCAUUGGGGCUUGACGGUGUGAAAACCACCCUUUCACUGGAUGCCUGAUAUGGUUCUGAAAGGUCUUGGCAGUAAGUAUGUGUUGUGAGGUGCUCUAGUUUAAUCUUUACCUGAUCAUGAGCUGUAAACAUCAGUGUAUUUGUAUGCUAUACUAUAUGUUCCAAAAAGAACACUGUAAUUUACUAAUGAGAUAUCUGUAAUUUAUUGUUUAAUACAUGACCGGAGAAGUCCUCCAAUUACUGUGCAAA